AACCACUGCUGCUGUUGCUGCCGCCAGGGUGCUUGGUGGAAGUCCAGGACUGCUGAACAGCCGUGGGCUGCCAGUGCAACAGAAAAGGAGCUUGUCACUGCAUGAAUACCUGAGCAUGAGGCUACUGAAGGAAGCUGGUGUUUCUGUUCCCAAUGGGCUGGUUGCAAAGACACCGGAAGAAGCUUACAAAGCGGCAAAAGAGAUUGGUACUGAGGACAUUGUGGUGAAGGCACAAGUUUUAGCUGGUGGCCGGGGGAAAGGGAUCUUUGAAGGGGGCCUUAAAGGAGGAGUGAAAAUAGUAUCCUCUCCAGAAGAAGCGAGGGAGAUUGCCUCCAGAAUGAUUGGCAAAAAGCUCUUCACCAAGCAGACCGGAGAACAGGGCCGGAUAUGCAAUCAGGUGCUCAUCUGUGAGCGUAGAUAUCCAAGGAAAGAAUACUAUUUCGCAAUUACAAUGGAAAGAUCAUUUCAGGGCCCUGUGCUGAUUGGCAGCUCUCAGGGAGGUGUCAAUAUUGAAGAUGUUGCCGCAGAGGACCCUGAAGCAAUUGUAAAGGAACCUGUUGAUAUUGUGGAAGGCAUCAAAAGGGAUCAGGCCCUUAAACUUGCCCAGAAAAUGGGAUUUCCUGCUAAGGUUUUAGAUGAAGCUACUGAUAAUAUGAUUAAACUCUACAACCUUUUCAUCAAAUAUGAUGCUCUCAUGGUAGAAAUCAAUCCCAUGGUUGAAGAUUCAACAGGGAAAGUGCUGUGUAUGGAUGCAAAGAUAAAUUUUGACAGCAAUUCAGCUUUUCGUCAGAAGAAAAUAUUUGAACUGCAGGACUGGACCCAGGAAGACAAAAGAGACAGAGAAGCUGCCAGUGUGGAUCUCAACUACAUAGGAUUAGACGGGAACAUCGGCUGUCUGGUGAACGGCGCAGGACUGGCAAUGGCCACGAUGGACAUCAUUAAGUUUCAUGGAGGGACUCCAGCAAACUUCCUUGAUGUUGGGGGCGGAGCCACAGCGGAACAAGUAAAAGAAGCCUUUAAACUUAUUACUUCAGAUGAAAGGAUCCAGUCUAUUCUGGUGAACAUCUUUGGAGGCAUAAUGCGAUGUGACAUUAUUGCGGAAGGAAUCAUUAUGGCGGCAACAGAAUUGGAGCUAAACAUACCAAUUGUUGUACGGUUACAAGGUACGCAAGUUGAGGCAGCCAAAGCUUUAAUAGCAGAGAGUGGCCUGAAAAUCCUGGCCUGUGAUGAUUUGGAUAAAGCUGCCAAAAUGGCCGUGACCCUCUCGGAAAUAAUGACCUUAGCCAGGCAAGCUCAACUGGAUGUGAAGUUUCAGCUGCGAACUUGA